AUGCCUAUACAGGCGUCUGCCGUCCCUUGUGAACGAGUAUUUUCAUCGAGCAAGGAGACGGACACGACACGACGAGCUAACCUCGAGCCGAAUCUCAUGGAGGCCUUGCAGAUUUUGAAGUUUUACCUUCACGAAGAGAACCUCAACACGAUUCUCAGGGACCCGGUACGCAACGCGACGGAGGCUGAAUGCGACCUGGGCUUGCCGACCGAUGUGAGCCCAGCAGAUUCCAAGGAGGAACUUGUGGAAAUUUCGGACUCAGACUCAACAGAGGAGGAGGGUAGUUGUGAUGAGCAUGAUUUAGAUAUUAUAGCUAAUGUAUCUCAUUAA